UCCUAGUCUGAACUGUACUCCAUCUUUUACUAUUUCUUCUACUGUCCCUUAAUCCAUUUCAUAAUAUAUACUUAGGUGACAAAUCAAAUCCCCCAUUGAUUUGGCUAUUCUAUUUGUAAACUCUUCAGACCCUUUCUGGUAUUAUCCCUGUAUCUCCACUUCUCUAUAGCCAGCCAGCAGCAUUCAAGAACGAAAACAAAAGCUUGUUUUCAUUUCUCUUUGAUCUCUGAAGGAACCCAUCUUCUUGUUUUUCUGAUCAAAGGUUGCUAGUUUUAGCUUUCUUUUCAGUGAAUCACUGAGUUAAACUGCACGAUGACUGAACGAGUCCACCCCGGCGAUUCUCCGCCCACCUCCGGCGAACAAUCGGUACCAAAACCAGCAACUUCGUCCCCCGAGAAACCUGCGCCACAACCUGGAACUUACGUCAUCCAAAUUCCCAAGGACCAAAUCUACCGCGUCCCUCCGCCAGAGAACGCACACCGCUAUGCGCAUCUAUCCAAACGGAAGCCUCGUCGGAGCACCUCUCGCAGCUGCUGUUGCUGCUUGUUGACUACCAUCCUCGCUCUCCUCCUUGCGGCCGCCAUUGCUGCCGCUGUGAUUUACUUCGUUUUCAAGCCCGAGUCUCCAAAUUACUCCGUCGAGAGCGUUGCCAUAAAGGGAUUCAACUUGACGUCACCAUCGCCGCUCUCUCCUGAAUUCGACGUCACCGUCCGGGCACACAAUCCCAACGAUAAAAUCGGUAUUUACUACGAGAAAGGCAGCUCCGUUAAAGUUUACUACGGUGACAUUAACCUGUGCAACGGCGCGUUGCCGGCUUUUUUCCAGCCAACGAAUAACGUAACGUUGUUCAAAACUGCUUUAAAGGGAUCUGAAAUUGAACUAAACAACGCCGUGCUCAGGACUCUUUCGGACCAGCAAAACAAAGGAGCGGUGCCGUUUAGUUUGAAGCUGAGAGCGCCAGUUAAGAUUAAAGUUGGGUCCAUUAAGACGUGGAAGAUUACCGUUAAGGUGACGUGUAAGAUAACGGUGGAUAAGUUAACGGCGGCGUCCAAGGUUGUGUCAAACGAUUGUGAUUACGGAGUAGAUCUUUGGUGAUGAUUGGAGUACAGUUGGUACAGUUGGAGUGUUUGGUUGCAGGGAUAGUGCGUCAUGAAUAUAAUAUUUUCCUGUUUUGUGAUUAUUACAUCAUAGGAGUGGCAUACAUGAACAUGAUACAGAUUUUCAAAAAUAUUUUUAUAUGAUACGCUUCAUUUAAUCA